GCUGCACAUGCGGCUGCUCCCUGCUCCGUCCCGCCCAGCCUCCGUCGCGCAGGAACGGGUCCCUGCAGCCCCCAGCCGAUGGCAGGACAGUAGCCGCCUGUCAGGGGUCGUGAAAGGCUGAGGCAGACGCGGCUGCUCCCGGGCCUCAGAGAGUGGGUGUCUCUGGAGGCCAUGGGCUACCCCGAGGUGGAGCGCAGAGAACCCCUGCCCGCGGCAGCGCCGCGGGAGCGGGGGAGCCAGGGCUGCGGCUGUCGCGGGGCCCCUGCCCGGGCAGGCGAAGGGAACAGCUGCCGGCUCUUCCUGGGUUUCUUUGGCCUCUCGCUGGCCCUCCACCUGCUGACGUUGUGCUGCUACCUAGAGUUGCGCUCCGAGUUGCGGCGGGAACGGGGAGCCGAGUCCCGCUUCGGCGCCCCCGGCACCUCUGGCACCCUGAGCAGCCCCGGUGGCCUCGACCCCGACGGUCCCAUCACCCGCCGCUUCGGGCGGCAGUCCCCACAGCAGCCGCCGCUGGAACCGGGAGAAGCCACACUCCCUUCAGACUCCCAGGACGGUCACCAGAUGGCCCUUCUGAAUUUCUUCAUCCCAGAAGAAAAGUCAUACCCUGAAGAGGAAAGUAAGCGUGUUCGUCGCAAUAAAAGAAGCAAAAGCAGUGAAGGAGCAGAUGGUCCAGUUAAAAACAAGAAAAAGGGAAAAAAGGCAGGACCACCUGGGCCCAAUGGCCCCCCAGGACCUCCAGGACCUCCAGGACCCCAAGGACCCCCGGGGAUUCCAGGGAUUCCUGGAAUCCCAGGAACAACUGUUAUGGGACCACCUGGCCCUCCAGGUCCUCCUGGUCCUCAAGGACCCCCUGGUCUCCAGGGACCUUCUGGUGCUGCUGAUAAAGCCGGAAGUCGAGAAAACCAGCCAGCUGUGGUGCAUCUCCAGGGCCAAGGGUCAGCAAUUCAAGUCAAGAAUGAUCUUUCAGGUGGAGUGCUCAAUGACUGGUCUCGCAUCACCAUGAACCCCAAGGUGUUUAAACUACAUCCCCGCAGCGGGGAGCUGGAGGUACUGGUGGACGGCACCUACUUCAUCUAUAGUCAGGUAGAAGUCUACUACAUCAACUUCACUGAUUUUGCCAGCUAUGAGGUGGUGGUAGAUGAGAAGCCCUUCCUACAGUGCACCCGCAGCAUCGAGACGGGCAAGACCAACUACAACACCUGUUACACCGCGGGCGUCUGCCUCCUCAAAGCACGGCAGAAGAUUGCUGUGAAGAUGGUGCACGCCGACAUCUCCAUCAACAUGAGCAAGCACACCACCUUCUUUGGGGCCAUCAGGCUGGGCGAGGCCCCUGCAUCCUAGAUCCCUCACCCCAACCCCAGCCCCAGUUUUGCCCCUGCCUGUGCCCCAACCCCAGGUUUGGGAGCCAGGACUCCCAGAACCUCCAAGUGCUGCUGUGGAGUGAGGCGUGUGGGUGUUGCAGCCGCCGAGAAAAAUGCCCCCAGUGACUCCAGGAUGAGAAGGUUUGCUUGACUUUCCAAAAUGACCUUGAGUUAACAGGACAGUUGAUGGAGCCCCAGGGUGGACAUGAAGCAGAGCCUUCCUCCUUGGCUACAUGUUGACUGCUUAUGGCCUGACCCGUCAACCUCGAGGUCCCUGCUGUCACUUUAUUGCACUAAAGUGAGGGUCUCGGGCAACAGGCAAGAAGGCAAAGGUGUGCCCCAGACUAUGGGGUGAGCCUCUGACCCCCAAGGGGCUGCUGCUCCUAUCUGCACUGGGGGUUGGGGGCAGGGAUGGGGCGGGAGGGGAGCACUGCAGCCUAAAGAGAGGGGCAGGGAGGGGAAAGGGCAAGUGCUCAUGGCAGAGACCAAGUGAGGGACCUGCCAGACGGUCAGCGAGCUCUUCCCGCUCAGGCUGAGCCGUGUUGCAACAGCUUGCCAGGCUUUGGGGACAGGAGGUUGGUUCUUCCUUGGAGCAACUGCAGGGGAUGGCCAGAAACCCACCUGCAUAAGCCCCUGAAGCCAUACCUGAGGCCACAUGUCUUUCACGUUGUUUACAGCUGUGCUCCACGCUCAGAAAACUCCCCGGGGCCCUGCCCAGUUGCUCCCUUCCCAGCCUGACUCAACCACCCGUUCCCUUCCUCCUCAGAGCCUACCUCUGUCUGAGACAGGUGCCAAUCCUGGGCCUGUGUUGAUGUGAGUCUGGGAUACUCCUUAGGUUACCCGGGCACCAAGGAAGUUUUCCAUUUAUUAAGCAACACAAAUAUUCAUCUAGUCAACCUGCGUCUGGGGGCCAAGGGUGGGACUGGAUGACCUCCCUAGAAGUUCCUUCAAAUUCUAAUAUUUAGGCAGCUGCUGGGCUAAACUACUAAAAUUCCCAAACCCUGGACAACCCCUGGGCAGCGACAAGGCAGAACUUUUCUACCUGACCCAGAAAGGGCAAGAGGUGGGAACAGGACAGGGUUUUAUCCAAGUUUGCUGCAACCCAAAAGGUCAUUACCAUAGGCCUUAUCUGAAAGGACAGCAGCUGAUGCCUUCCUGAACCUCCCCUCACCUUUCUUCUCUCUGGCUCUGGGAAGUCACUGUACGGCAGCAUCACCAUAGAUUCCAGUGCUGCUCCCCUGAAUCCAGGCUCAGGAGAAGGCAGCACCUAGGCACUGGGCAGGGCUCUGCCUUCUAGCCAGGCCCAAAGACACCUUCCCCGACCCCCACCCCCAACCCCGAGCCUCUCAUCAGAUUAUAUGAUAGGAUCAUUCAAGGGCCUCAUUUCUAACUGCCUGGGCCCAGGCUGGCUUCUGGGUGCUGGCUCUAACGCACAGCUGGGAGGGCCAGUCUUGUAGAGCCUGCUCUUCUUAUUCCAGAAACAAGUUUCCUUUUCAGGAGAUAGGGAAUAAGUUCCCUUGGGCAGCUGAAAUCCACCAAGAACCACAGGUCCUCAUUUCCCUGCUGUGCCUUCCCUUUCUAAGCAACUACACUGCUUGGCCCUUCGAGGGUCAGGGUAAGAGUGGGUAGGCUACGCCGCCAUUGUCUGGUUGCUAAUGACAGCCUGGCCAUCCCAUGUGAGGGAAACUUUAGGCAUGUAUUUGACCCCAGCUCCUAUAAAGUGCCUUACACAGUCCUUGGUCAUGGCGGGAUCUGAUGAGAACCUAUCCUGCAAGUUUGGAAAGUCCUUUCUCUCAUCUCCUUUGAUAAUAUCACAAAUCCCAUGGUUUAGACCAGGCUCAGAGAGGUGAAGUGCUUUAACCAGGAUCUCACCCAGUUUAAGGCACAAACCUGGGCUUCAACCAGAUCUGACUCCAAAGCUGUUCUGUUCCAGCCCAGUAUUGUGUUGAAUCUGGAAUCUAGAGAGAACCAAUAAAAAUGGAACUAUGGACCCCAGAUCCUUGAGGGGCCUUGGGAGAAACCCAGAGAUGCUCGCCUUCAUUCCUUGAUGGUAACGCCUAUUCUCUUGGCGGCCAGGGGCUCUAUGGCAAAAGAGUAGGACGUUUGAGGAGGGGAAACAGCCAUCAGCCUUUGAGCUCUUGUGUUCAGAAGAAUUGUCUUGGUACCGCAUCGAAACAGUAGGCCUCUAGUACCCACAGAAUGGAUGCCCCUUAUGUCCUUUCAUCCACCCGGCAAACCAGUGUACCAACCAACCAUUGUAUAUGGCGCCCCUACUGCAGACAGUGUCCUCUGGUUACCCUGCGGACAGGUCACAGGAGCUGGCUGCUUCCCACAGCUACUAAGUAACUCCUUAUCCCUUUCUACCAUACCUCAGAGACCUCUGUGCUACCCGGAUCUCUCAGGGAUGGAGGGAAGACCAGAGAGAGGGCUGGCUCUAAGGCCAAAGGGGUGUGAGCAAAAGGAAGGAAAAGGUUUCUGAAUUGUGCCCCGAAAGGACAUUCUGACACCCACUCUAUUCUCCCGAUAUGGAGGGGAUUCAAAGGGAAAACAGGAUCACACAGGACCUCUUUAUUCAUUGCAACCCCUCAAAAGGAACCCUGGAGGGAGAAGAGCUGGGAGGGGACCCAGAGGUGGCUAGGGAGCCCGGUUGCCGCCAAGUUACUGGCAAAGUGGUGAAGCCAUUUACUAUCAAGAGAAGGUGCAAAGAGACUCCCAGUUUGGAAUUAUGCUGCUGUGACUUGGCCAGAAGGCCAAGGCCUGCUUGGAGAAUGGCAUGAGGGUAUUUGUGAGCAAGCAGAGGGCUGAGGUUUGAAGGAGAAUUGUGUGGCGGGGGCUUUGCCAGCUACUUGGGCUUCAGCAGCUGAAGCUGGCACAAAAGGCAGCUGUUGGGGGCUGUUCAGCUGCUGGUUCUUUGGAAAAUUUAGUCUUUGCCUUUUGUCCCCUUUCAUCCAUCCUGAGCCAAACAUCUUCUGAUGAGCAGUAAAGGGCUAGGAACCCUGGAGGUGAACCAAGACUCUGAUCCACGUGUGAGUCAAGGUGUUUUAUGUAACUUCUGAUGGAUGCAAACAGAUUCAGAGAAAUUGAGGGCUGGAAAGGCCCUUAGAGGGAAUCUAGCCUGACCCACCUUCUACCCCAACCUGACUCACAUGGAACCUGAGGCCCUGAGAGGGAAGGUGACCCGCCCGAGGGGAAGGAGCCCUGACCUCCAGACUGAGUAAGGUGAGGGGAGAGCAGUCCCUGGUCCCACACAGCUCCCUUCUUUCUGCCAACCCCAGACGCAAGGCUGUAAGUGUGUGGCCCCCUUCCAGAGCUUGGCCAGGCUGAGGAAGAGCAGCCACAGCCUUUGUAGGAGCACGUCUUUCCCCAGGGCGCUCUCCCAGCUUCUGCCUCUGGACUGGAAGGUUCUGGACAGGCCCGACACUGAGGCCACCUUGGCACUGCCUUGGGCCCUGUCCCUGCCUGGAGGCUCCCCUAGGGCAUAUGAGCACAAAGAAGGAACAGGAUUUUUUUUCUUGUAAUGCAAUUCAGGGUUCUCCCCAAGUGGAGUGAGGAUGUGUCCUUUCUUUAUUCCAAAAGCUCCCAGCUGGGGUGGGGGUGGGCUUUGUUGUGAGAAUGGCCUGGAGCAGGCCCAGUGCUGCUUUGGGGGUCGGCACCCAGUGUGAGAUACCGUGUAUAUAAACUAUACAUAAUGUAUAUAAACUGGGAUGUAAGUUUGUGUAAAUUAAUGGUUUAUUCUUUGCAAAUAAAGCUUUCUCCCCUUGUUCUUGA